AGCGACAUCCGCCGCCGGCGGGAAGGGGCCGGCGCCGCGGCCGGUGUCGGCGUCGCGCUCCCCGCCGGUCUCGCUGCCCGGGGCCGCGGGCCCCGCCGCCGGCCGCAGGAUGCCGCUGGGGCUGAAGCCCACCUGCAGCGUGUGCCGCAGCACGUCCUCCUCCAUGUGGAAGAAGGGCGGCCAGGGCGAGAUCCUGUGUAACAACUGCACGGCCCGCUCCGCGCCGCCCGGGCCCGCCGCCUUCGCCACCACCUCGGCCGCCGCCCAGCACAGCAACGGCGGAGGCGGCGGCGGCGGGAAGCAGAGCAAGCAGGAGAUCCACCGGCGCUCUGCGCGGCUGAGGAACACCAAGUACAAGUCGGCGCCCGCCGCCGAGAAGAAGGUCUCCACGAAGGGCAAGGGGAGGAGGCACAUCUUUAAGUUAAAAAACCCCAUCAAGGCUCCUGAGUCUGUAUCCACUAUAAUUACAGCAGAAUCAAUCUUCUAUAAGGGUGUAUACUAUCAAAUUGGAGAUGUUGUUUCAGUGGUUGAUGAGCAGGAUGGAAAAACAUACUACGCUCAGAUCCGUGGGUUUAUUCAGGACCAAUACUGUGAAAAGAGUGCUGCGCUAACCUGGCUCAUUCCUACGCAAGCCAGCCCCAAAGAUUGUUUUGACCCAGCAUCUUAUAUCAUAGGACCAGAAGAAGAUCUCCCAAGAAAAAUGGAAUAUUUAGAAUUUGUUUGUCAUGCACCUUCAGAAUAUUUCAAAUCUCGAUCAUCUCCCUUCCCUACUGUUCCUACAAGACCAGAGAAGGGCUAUAUAUGGACUCAUGUGGGACCUACUCCUGCAAUCUCCAUUAAAGAAACUGUUACCAAUAAUUUAUAAUUUUUUAAAGGAAUACUUUGGACAAGUUAUUUUGGGUGUAUUCUCAGUGUGAUAUGAAGCUACUGAUACUAGCCCUGACAGAUAGAGCGAUUACAGGUACUGUACAGUACGGGCUAACUCAUGUCAGUACAUCUAAUAGGUGCACAUCAAGUAAACCACUUGCAUAUGAAUUUAUAAGGGUACACAAUUGCCCCAAUAAUCAGCAGAAUGCUGGAGGUGUUUAAUGUGGUUAUGCUUGUCAGGGUUUCCUGAGGACACCAAGCACAGCGAGACUGUCUUUAGCUGCAGUUGGCCAACACAUUUUGAACCCCCCAAAAUUGUUGUUAGGGAUGGUAAGUAAUAAACUAUCAUCAGUGACAUGUAUAAAGGUAAGUCCUGAAAUUACUGCAGCUGACUUAAGCUUUUGCUCCUUUUCCUGGUCUGUUAAUAAACUGAAUAAUUCCAUGAAA